AUGUCGAAAUCGCUGCAGCGCGCUUUGGUAUUCUCUGGCCAGGGGGCCCAUCGUCGGGGAAUGGCGACGGAAUAUCUACGCAUUCCGGCAGUGGCUUGCCUGUGGGAGCGAAUGAAGGGAAGUAUGGAACAGAAAUAUGGCAUCUCACUGCAAGACAUUAUAACGGAAAAUCCUACUAGGUUGUACGUUUACAAUGAUGCAUAUGAUGUGGCUGCCAUAUGUGAACGCAGUUGUCAGGAUGGCGGAAGUGUGGUAGAAUCGACUCCCAGGCAAAAAUUGAUUUCUCAUCCUCAAGGGGUGUUGUCUUUAACUUCUUUGACGCAGCCGUGUAUGCUAGCAGCGCACAUGGUGUCACUGGAGUACCUCAAAGAAACCCGAGGUUACUCGGUGGAAUCCUCCGAGGUUAUAGCUGGUCACAGUUUAGGCGAGUUCUCCGCUCUUUGCGCCCUUGGAUUGCUUUCGCCCGAGGUUGCCGUUGAUCUUGUUUAUAGACGCGGGGCCCUGAUGGAGGAUGCUGUAAAGCACAGUUCCCAAAGUAAUGAGGGUCAUCUUAUGUUUGCCUGUAACCCACAACGGGCAAAACUAUGCGUCGAAGAUCCCGAUCUUGCAGUCGAUCAGCUUCACAUAUUUGUAGAGUUGAUAGCUCGCAAUCUCUCUACGACGGCAUCGUUUAUCGAAGUAGUAAACUAUAACAUCAGUUACGAGCAGUACGUUGUUGUCGGUGAUCCAAUAGCGUUGUCGGCACUUGGCAAAUGCCUUGAUCCACAAUUCCGUGCCACUAGUUGCGGGUCGUCAGCUACCCUCGAUAAUAUCGUCCGGACAGCUGUGUCUUCAGUCCUGCAAGACAAGCAAGAGGGGAUAACUAUGAACCCAAACACUGGUCCGGCACCAGAUUUCGUGACUUCCUGUGCCCGAAAGUACGGUAUUAGGUCAACGUUUCGACGCUUUCUGAGGGGUCCGGACGACGGCUAUACCCCAUCGUUAGAGGAACUUACACACCUAACGCUUCAGGAGGAUGGGAGAAGCGGCCUUAAGAAGAAGUCCUGGUUUAUUCCUCUGCCGCUGAGCAUUCCUUUUCAUAGUAGUCGGCUUCGCAGGGCAAUGGAUCUCUUCCUUCCCGUAGUUCGCGAUGCAUUACCCGACGAAGAGACAAUGCGUUCUUUUUUUUGCAUCCCACAGUGUGGUGGUAGUGAUGAGGGACCGUCUUCGCGAUGUGCCUCAGAGCCGAAGAAACCCGUUUGGCUAACUAACUUAACUGGCACGGCGUUUCGCCCCUUUGAUGUCGACUUUCAGCGAGACGCACUGGACGCAAUGCAGUCGAUGAAUGUUGGGGAGAUCAGGCACAAUGGACGGUACCACACUAAUUUGGUCGAGUUAGCUUUUAAAAACGGCAUGGACACUAGUAGUGUGCGUGACAUGUGUGCGGCCGUGCUAGCAGCGCAGCUAGCCCAUCCGGUGCAAUGGAUUGAUGUGAUGGAUUCUGCUGUUUUUCAGCAUGGUGUGCGCGAGGCCCAUGAAAUAUCACCGGUAAGGACUGUUGCGGAUAUGUUCAAACGUACGGUUUUUCGAGGGAGGACAUCAGACGCCUCGGUCGGAGAGGCGGCGUUGGAUAUAGUAACGCGCUGCCUGCCAUCCGAGGAACGUUUCUUGUAG